AUGGAGGAAUUUUACUGUGUCUUUUGUGCUGAAAUCGUAACCUCCCGCCAAGAGGCCCUACUCUGCGGCGGAUGCGACAGAUGGCAACACCGUCGUUGUCACACUGGCGUUGACCGAGCCACAUAUCGACAGGCAGUAAGGACCGGCCAGGACAUUUUAUGGACUUGCAUCUAUUGCACAGACAAGACACCAGUACCGGUUGCUGCUAGUUCGAUGAUCAAUACAGGUAUAUAAUUUUUUUGUUAUCUCUUAAGGUUGAUUUCCAGCACUGUGUAAUUUUAAGGCGAAAAUAUUUCAUGCGCUAUAUUGAAUGAUUUAAUCAUUGAAGUAACUAAUAGCUAGUAUAUGUGCUUAAAAACCAACAGACUCGAGUACGCCUUCUGCUCUACCAGAGUUGUCUUUACCCGUUUCAUCGCCAUCAGAUCUCGGAACAGUCAUGGAAGUGACUAUGUUCUCUGCCCCGCCAAGCCCUACAUCGGGUACAAGGAUUGAGGAAGGUAACUAUAUAUAUAUAUAUUGUAUAUAUAUAUUAUUAUAUAUUAUAUUAUAUAUUAACUAUAUAUAUUAUAUACACACAGUUUUGUGUUUUUCCCAAAGAGGCCCCAAAGAUAUACUAAGUGUUUACUAGAAACGCUAGUUUUACCUAUUAGUCAACUCUGAAGUUAAACAAAAUAGACAAUACUACUUGACAACUGAUGAACUGAUGACCUACAUUGUAUAACCUUGGACUAUCGUUUUUCCCUUAGAGCCAAGUCCCGGCAUCAUCGAAUCUUCCAUCGAAGAGCCUCUCCUGUGA